AUGCGUGUCCCGACCUCUCCUAGUGCUAGGGCGAAGCGACAAAUUGCCACCCUCAUGGAGGAGGUAGAAGUGUUGAAGCAGGACAAGGCGACGAAGAAAAGAAAGACGACUUUCUAUGUUUCCCAGGGACGGGCAAUCCGUCGUAUGGUUGACCUUUAUGCUCCAAUAGAGGACCUUAUUGCUGAAAAUGACCGGCGUUGUGAAGAAAGUGACAAGGAUGCCACUCCGGAGCAAGACCGACUUCAACGUGGCUACAUCGAACUCGCCAAGGCACUGUCGUGGCUUCACGAUAAACUGGCAGGUCUCGAUCACGAAGAGUCCGACGACAUGCUGAAAAAGCUUAAGCAAGGCGCGGACUCGGCUCGGGGCGACGACACGGGGACUCUGAAAGAACUCGUGGCUUCGUGGGUGAACAUCGAAUGUUGUCCGACUCCUCUCAUCAGGACCGAUGACAAGCACCAUCGAGGAUUCGUGAGCGAUGCGUGUGGUAAACUCCUCUGCCCAGCGGAAUGGCGCUGGGAGGACCCAGUCGUCAAGGCUGGCAUUCGUGACCGUACGACAGCAUUCAUCGUUUCUGAGAAUUCAUGGCCGUCAUUUAUGUAUGAGAACUAUGAAGCUGACACCAAGAACCUGGAGCGCGGGCUUUUCAAGUCGAAGCUGUUACUCAUCACAUUGCAGGGGUUAAAGGCAAUCUUUACUUCUCCUUCCUCUGCUCAUGAAGUGGAUGGUGAAGGUGAUGGCGCCGACAUUAUCGAGAACAAUCGGCACGCCCGAAAACGAUCCGAUCAAGCUAAAGUAAAGACAUGCAUUCGAUUUGCACUUUCGAACCUCACGUCCUGGCGCACAGUAGAUGGAGAUUUCGAUUACCAUAUUUUCUGGAACAAUGUAGUGGACUUCUUCGAGGAUGCCCCAGGUCCAGCUGCGCGAGCCAGAGUGAACAAACUUCUUGAGUGGUGGACACGAAAAGUUUUUGGACGAAACCAUCGGCAGGACCUGACGGCGGACAUUGUAUCCCACAUGUCUGUCAGUACGCUAGCUACUCAGAGACAGCAGAUGGAGGACGCCGAAUUAGACUCUGACUAG